GGCAGAAGGUGUAUGCAGGUUCUGAGGCGGCACCCUUGUGGCAGCAUGAGUUGGCCGACGCAGCAGGCGACCGCAGAUGACGUUUGAUGGCACGACACACCUUCACAUGAGACCACCUGAUCGAACAUCACACUUCACAUCACUUCCGCUCACAAUAGCUCACCUACCUCAGUGCAGCUGAGCUAGCUUUGAGCUACAGACAGACAGACACUCGAUCGAACGACAACAGCAUGGCAUCUUCAGCGCCAACAGAGGCUGGGGCGCAAGCAGCACCAUCUGCGCAGUUCUCACCCAGUGAGAAAUUUUUCCGCUACUUUCAGCAUGAAGUAACAGAUCUCCAGGAGCAGAUGGCUCGUAUCAGCAAGCAUAGUCUAACCGGUGGCGAAAGAUCUGAUGCGAUUGAUCACUGCCUCUCGAGCAUCGCAAGACUAUCCAACGAAGUGCAGGAUGCAUCUGCAUACGUGCCUGCAUAUGACCAGAGAACGUACGGAGAAGCGAUCAAAGCACUGAACAACAAGUUACAAGACGUCCGACAAGCACAUGCGCCAAAGCCCAAGUUCUCGUUCAAAUCGAAGAAUGGGCCUCUCUUCUCUGCUACCAAGAACGAAUCGGCCAUCAGUCUCACUGAUGCGGCGGAGCUCGCUCAUCAGCAACGACUCCAAGCUCCAGCCUACAUAUCCGACCUCUCCAACAACUCUAGUAUGCCGGUGACGCCUGCCAAUGAGUCCGCUGGCUCAGAAGAUGAGGCAGCUCGCAGCAAAAGCGUCAACAUCCCAACCGACACAUCUCGAUUCCGACAACCCUCAUUCUCGACUUCCAAGUCUGUCGAAAUCUCAGACCACGACGACAUCCACGUUGUCCUGCCUACAUCUGCUUCCCACGCGACUUCGUCAGGCACAGUCUCAAAUAUCAGCCACUGCGUCGUAGAUCUCUCGCAACCAGCGGCCGACAAACCCUUCGCAGCACUCUACCUGAAAAACAUCUCCUCCUCGCUCAUAGUUUGCGGACACGUCUCCGGCGCAACAAUGCUCACCAAAGUCAAAGAUUCCGUCAUCAUUGUCGCCACGCGGCAAUUUCGCAUGCACGACUCCUCGAACUGCGAUGUGUACCUGCUAGCUACUGGCCGGCCGAUCAUCGAAGACUGCAACGCAAUCCGCUUCGCGCCACUACCACAGGCGUACAUGCUGGAGGCCGACCGAGCAGUGGAGAACAAGUGGAGCGACGUGGAUGAUUUCAAGUGGCUGAGAGCAGAGCAGAGCCCGAAUUGGAGUGUGAUGGCGCCUGGAAAGAGAAUCGAAGACAGAGUUUGGAAAGAGGUCGUACCUGGUGGACCGGAAACGAGCGUGCAGAAUGUGCUGGAUGCUGUCAAUGUGCCGCGUCUGAAUUAGACACCCGGCUGACCACAUGGAGCGCAAAAGGGGCGAGACCGGUCGGCGCUGAAGCAAACGGAUUUUUCACAGCAUAUCGGGACAGAAGGAAUCAAGUGAUAAAGUUGUCAUCGUGGUCUGUACCCAAAUUCGGGCUUAGCUGCACCCAUGAGACGAUUCUCGGAUUCAUACACACAUUUAGUCGUGAAAAGCUCCUCAUGCCUUGUCAAACAUUCACGCUCAUUCGUACAUUAUUCUGUUGGCCAUCACAAGCAGAUCUAGCCCAUCCCACGCCAAAAGGAUUCCCAGAC